AUGACCGCUUCCGAAAGUAGCCACGCACUGUACCCAUCAGAUCCCGAGAUUUGGGCUUCUCAACUUGACCAGUACUUGCCGAAAGAGCUAAGAUCACCUGGUAGCCAGAUCUCAGGUGUUUGGUUUCAAGAUGAUGAUGAUAUCAAUAACGUAAUGACUAUCCUCAGCGUUGCUCGGGGCCGCGCCAAUGUCGAUAUACUUGAGUACAUGGGUCUCGACCAAGGCAGGUAUAAAGCAGUCCUAUAUUUGGCCGACAUGCUUCUCCAACCGCUCGCUGGCUCCGCAGAUGAUUCCAAAAUCAAUCAGCUGCCCUCAAACAUCCAAUGGCCAAUAUCCUUCACAGGUCCAGAAUUUGAUCCUGUUCAUUUAGAAUCCUCAUCGUACUCAUGGACGAAGAGCACCGCCUGGUGGGAGAAACCGUCCGAUGAUGCAAUAGACCGUCAACACCAUGAGAAGGUGAUGCAAGUCAUCUUGCCUCUCCUUGCCAAGCUCACUGUUGCAGCUUCACAACUCGUCGAGCUCGAAGGAAAGGGUGCCGUCCGUGAUCUAUCGCAAGUAGAGGCCAAAAGAAUCAUGCGCACGGUCCAUCAAAUCGCUGCUCGACUGCACAAUCUGGGGCUUGUACCCCUAGAGAUGUAUCAAUAUUCGCUGCCCCUGGGAACAACCAAUGUCCAACGGCCACCGAUUUUGCAUCUCCUAUCGUCCAGGAUAUUGUCUACUGUGUCAGACGCUGUUUGGCGUUCACAGCAGGACGAAGCAAUUGAUCGGGCCGUACAACAGGGCCUGAACUAUCAACAAAUCUCACAAGAUGUACCGGGUGGUCGGUUUCGACUCAAAGUGCGCGAGCUAGGUCCCGAAGUCUGGCUUGAGUUUCUUAUGUGGUUCUGUGUGGAUGGUGGAUAUGCUUCCGCUGGGGCUCAAAUAAUCAGUGUGCUAAGAUGCCAGACUGACAGUCCUUGGUACGCGGUCCAUUGGUGUUCCAAUCAUGGGCUUGAAACCGCCGUGCCUCGCGUAGACUGGGAUAAAGCUAAGACUCGCCUUGGUGGAACUGCAGGCCGGUUGGAGGGUUAUAGUGCGGAGGAGCCCUUUGCGCAUAUCCCCCGUCAGACCAUCAGUGCAGAGGUGGUUCUAGCCCUCGUCGAGUCCCUAUUCAACAGCCUCAACACUCAAAUAAGUGGCAGUGGCCUGUCUACGCAGAAGUUUCUGAGCUAUCUACUGGAGGUACUGUCAUUCUUGGAGCCUCAUGCACUGGGACCGGAGUAUUUCAACUACCUCACAGUCCGCUUUUUGCAAACCGGCAGUGCCUCCAGUGAGGCACCGCCUGAUGACUUGCGGAAUUGGUACCAUGUCAUUUCACAGGCCCGAUCUCUUGAAACCAUCAAGUCCGCCACUGGUCGCACAAGGAGCCUCGAUCUCGAAAGGAUCGCUGCUCAAACCGAGCUCGACGCUGGAGUUCUGCAUCAGGCAUUACAGGGAUAUAUCAAUCAAAGCAAUGCCACCAAGGCCGUCAAUUGUUUCACCGAUGUUCAACGGCACGUAGAUGCAAGCAGACUUGAGUCGAUUGGUACUUUUCUCAUGUCAGCUCCCCAGGAAAACAAUGGUUUCAGCCCAAUGAAAGAGGAUGAUAGAAGCCGUCUAGAUUUCCUCAAAUCACAUGGGCAGUUGCCGACGUAUAAGAUGGCCGGCUUUCUCAAUUUGGUGACAAGAGCACGUCUCUUCGGGUUGGGUCAAUGGCUUCUGGAUUCAGUUGACGUCGACGGUCCUCUGAUACCAGAGUCGUUAUACGGCGAGCUGUGUAUGACGGUGUCCCUGACUAAGUAUGCCGAUGCUACAGGAGAUGACGAUUUGAUAAAGCAAGUUGCUGCUGCUCCACGGCGGCUACGCAGAAACGUAUCUGUUAACGCUUUGAGAGCUAUCACCAAUGCGUUGAUCAGUGUCUCGGAUUGGCCAAAUGCAUCCCGCUUCCUAACACAAUUGAAGGAUGCACCCGGUGGUGGAUAUAGCCCCAAAAUCGUGGCUAGGCUUGGAGCCAAGAUCAUUCAGAUUGAGAGUCAACUCAGAAGAUUGAAGCAGAACAAAGACCUCUCUGAGGCAAGCGCAUUGAUGUCCGACAUAUUAGCAGGGGUGUUUGAUGGUCCUCGAGCUGACUUUACCCUCUCGGUGAUCAAGACUUUUGACCAGCAAGUCGGCUAUCUUUUACGUCUUUUCGAGAAUCUACCGUCUGUCAAGGAGCGAGACAUAAUGUACAUCCCAGAUGCGGAAAUAGGGAAACGUGCUCAUCGGCCAGCAAGUCAGUUGACGGCCCUUGCUCAUAAGUUCAAGUCAAAGUUCCCUCUUAGCAACGACGCGAACUUGGCUCCAGAAACUUUUAACGAGGUUCUAUCCGCGAUUGUCCAAUUCAGAGGCGCUAAGGAAGGUGUUCGGAUGUGGCAUCUUUUCUGCAAAGACCCGAGAUAUUCAGCAGCAUCUGAAAAGGCACCGUUGCUGGGCGAAUACAUUGUCCCUGAGGGCGGAACGACGGAAGGGGAAGACGACCUUGAGUAUUCAUUGUAUGUUUCAAGGUCAGAGGAGCAGAUGCCUCCGUUGAUGGACGGCCACGUGCCGAUAAUUUCGGCAGAGCAUAAGGAAUCAGCGACGAUUCCAGUCGUGGGGGAAAGUCCCGAUGAGAGUCAGAGUGCAGAGGGCUCGCUCAACCCGAUGGUGGUCCCAAAUCUGCAAACAUUGCACAUCAUUGUCCGAGGAGCUCUUGCUGAGAAAAGGCAUGGACAAGGGUUGAUGCUUGAGAAAGAAGCCGACUUGGACUGGGUGUUGAGGUGGGCAACACAUUUCUACAAAGCCCUCAACUACUCGAAGGAAGACAUUGAAGCCGAAACCCAGCUCCCAGUGUCGCUCAAGGGCGAAAACACCUCCCAGGCACAAUUGAAGUGGUUUCUUCAACGGCCGGGACAAGAGGCCGCUCCUAGCAUGCAAGAGAUGGGCAAACUAGACAUCAAAGGCAUGUUCAAUGCCGCUGCACCACUGACUAGACUUCCCGGUGUCAAGAGGCCCGAGAUGGAGAGCAGGCUUUCUGUAUGA